GCUGACUUGGCCUUGACUGUGUUCCGGAGUGAACCCUGGCUCUACCGCGGAGUAAAAUGUCCGCUGCACCGGCUGUCAGUGAUCGGCAUGUUCUUCACCGACGUGAACCUGAGGACCCACCGGCGGUGAGCCGGAGAGGAGGCGGACCCGCUGCUCCACGACAGCCCGCGCCACACCACCAGCGACACCGGGCUGAUGGCAGCCAGACCCGACCUGGACCACCCAUCGAUCCCAGUGCCCGGUGGCCCUACAUGGACGACCCCACCACCCGAGAGCCUCAGCUGGAUGACUGUGAGCGGAUGGGGACUUUGUUUGGGAUGCUCAACAAGUGCCUGCGAGGGAUGGGCUUCAGCCAGAUGUACUUUGGAGACAAGAUAGUGGAGCCGGUAGUGAUUGUGUUCUUCUGGCUGCUGCUCUGGUUCCUGGGUAUUCAGGCCCUGGGACUGGUGGGAACUCUGUGCAUCAUCAUCAUCUACAUCCAGAAGUAAUGAGAGCAGACCAUAAGCAAAGCCUGCUGUUUUCUUUGGUUAAUACUUAUACAUGCAGGACGGUAAUAGCAAUGGAUGUCAUGAUGGAAUAUGAAGUGAAUCUAGGAUUUUUGGUGGGGGCAGUGGAGAGGUCUAUACUGCUCUGCAGUGAUAGAGACAGACGGACUUUAGCUGGUUUCUGGAAAUUCUGUAAAGCUUGUUGAGUCAGGAUUCUCCAGGAUUGUCUGGAGCAUCUCCAGCCUCAGUCGAAAGCAGGCGAGCCCUCCUGCUGCUGACGUGAAUAAUGGUAUUGAUCAUGUGAUUUAAAGGAACAGAAACACAUGGGAAAGGCUUUGUGUCUAUUUGAGUCAGAGGCCAAGAGUUCCAGUUCUCAGGAGAUCAACCUGCUCACAUGUGUGUGGAGUCUCUCACUUAGCCGUCAUACACUGUUGUGUUCAGGCACAGCAGGAAUAUGACUUCAAUCACUAAUCGUGAGAAUCGGCGUCUGGAAGUAAGCCGACACAGAGUACAUAAUAUGUUCUUGUGAAACCUUUUUUGCUGUAAAAAGUUUACUUCAGUUCCCUGCAGUUUACCAAGCGUUCUCUAACAGUCGGUCACAAAUGCAUUUCUUGAAAUAACCUUUGAUUAUCUUCUGGCCCGCAAAUUGGCCUGUGGUCCAAACUUACUUGCCGACCCCUGUGCACACGAUAUUCUGAUAAAUGGAAAAGUGGAACUAUUGUUAUUGCCCUGAAAUUGCACAUCUGCACAUCUCUAAUAGAUGAAGAAGUCUACUCAAGGGAGUAGUCAGAAAUAUGAAGAAUGUAAAUACGAAUUUCUCACAGUCAUGGAAAGGUUUGAAAUUGAUGAAUGGAUAAAAGUAAAAACUGGGAUUUGUUUUAGAAAAUGUGUUCAACAGAUCAAAUAUUCUCGUGCCUGUGGAUUUACAAAGUACAUUUGUAUACUGGGUGCAAACCGACAGUAACACACAGUUGUCUUCCAGUUAGUCUCCUUUGGUGCGGCAGAGCUGUAGCGUGACACACUGAAGAUUUACUUUGUUGAAACACAAACUACACUGGUGUUCAGCUGAGUGACUUUACAGUGUGAAUGUUUGCAUAGAGCGGGUCGGGUACACUGAUGAUAUCAAUGUAAGCAUAUCACAUCGGAUGUUUCAUGGGGCUUUGGUCACAUUGCAAAAUGCUGUGUACAUUCAAUAUGUAUUUUUAAUUCUGCAUGAUAUUUAAGUUAACUGGACCUAUCAGCCUGUUUUAUUUAAGUGGGAUUAACUCUAAGGGCCCUAACUAACUAAUGAGUGUAAUGCAAAUGUACUCGCCUCCAUUUAAGCACCCAUGGGUGUGCUGGUCUUAAAAUUAGGUGGUCAGAUGCAUUUUUGGUGCAUUUAUAUCUUGAGGCAGUGGAAAGAGACAGUGGUGCAGAAUUUCACUGUUGUUUUAAGGCUCAUUAUCAUGCGUUUUACAAAAGAAGAUGCACAACAAGUGCACACUCAGCUUAUUACACACACACACACACAAACACACACACACGCACGCACAGAUAGAUGAUCUGUUUCAUCUGCAUCUCUCUUAUUGCCAGAAGGGUCCACCAUCAUAAUAUGAAUCCACCAAGGUGCCAGCUCACCGGGCUUAUAAAGGGAUUGGGAGCUGGUGCUCUGAUUGGUUUGUUGCAUGUUACUCCCAAAACACACCCAUUUCUUAAAGGCAUAGUUCACCCAAAACACUUGGAGUUUCAGGAGUAAACAUCAAAUCUAAUACAAUCAAAGUAAAUGGUGACAGAUUUUUCAAACGUUAAAAAAAAUAACAGAAAAAAACCCAAAAUGCCUCCAUACUGCUGCUGUGAUGUCUUUGAACUGUCUGUAAGCCUAAGUGUCCUCUGAUAUCCUCCUCCAGCAUUUAGUCUAAAGACAUUAUGUCAAUGACGCCGUUUUGAGUGGAAUUUAAAUGUUGACGCUUAUGGACACUUGGACGACACCACAGGAACAGUAUGGAGACAUUUAAUGUUUUACUUUAUUUUACAUUUGAAGAAUUGUGGUUUGUGGACUCAAACACUUCACCCACCCCUCCAUUGGCAUGGUGGUGAGUAGAUACUGAGUGAAUUUUCAUUUUUGGGUGAACUAUUAAUACACACCUUUUUAACCAUGAGCGUGGCACACUGAACAUUUUCCCUGCAAUUAAACAAACAAAAGUGGAUUUAAACUAAAUGCAUUUUCCCAUGAGUUUAUAUCAUUAUCAUUAAUAUAGCCUUGAAUGCCUUUUUUAAUGCCCUGGGCAAGAUGAUGAACCUCAAAUUGCCCCUGAUGGCUGUGCCAUCAAUGUGGUAGUGGGAUGUAUAAGUAAUAUAUGUAAGUGUCGAAGUGCUACAUGAAUGUGUUUAUCAACAGGUGAAUGUGGCUCGUGGAGUUAAGUCCUUUGACUGGUCUUUAAGACUAGAAGAGACAUUUACCAUUAACCCCAGACUCCUGCAGUGCCCCCCACAGGGUCACCUGGCUUACACCGCCAUAAGCCUCCUGCAAGUUUACCAAACACAUGUUGUCUGGAUGAUCAAACUCCCAUAAUCCCCUCAGCACCCCUGCGAGGGUAAAGAGCUGGUCCAGUGUUGGACGGUCAGGAUGGAAUGUGCACUGUUCCUCCUGAACCCAGGGUUUGACAAUCAGUCUGAGCCUCCUCUCCACAAAACUACAUGCAGUCACAGAAAUACCAACGGAAAUUUAGUGUUCUAGAGUGGGACGUAUUGUUGGAUGAAUGAUUAUUCCGUUUUUAUUUGAGAGACGUGUUCUCGAGCUUUAAGUCAUGGUUGACUCCACAGUUGCAAACAUGACCAGUAUCUUUUAUGAGCCAUGAGCAAGUGUACAAGUUCCCUAAACACGAUCUGCUGAGGACACCACGAGGAUAAUUUAAAAUGGCUAAUAGUCAACACUUACCUGCUCUGCUCAGAUGAAAUAUAUUCACAUUUAGCAUAUCCUAAAAAUACAUGCAGCAUCAUCACCCCCCCCCCCCCCCCCCCCCAAACUGUUAAAUAUGUAACAGUAUGGCAACAUGUGGAGCUGGAUGUUAGUUUGGUUGGACCUUUAAUUGUAAUGAUAGUCUCAGGUAGUUUUUUACAGUUAAUCACAUUUCACUCUUCUGUUGUUUUUGUUCAUUGUGUUGACAUAUUUAAAUGUGCAGGCGUCCAUGUGAACUGAUCACACACUGUAGUCCUUUCACUGGUUCUAAAUCUAACUGCUGAGUACAGGGGAAACAUUACCACUCGCUCACUGUAACUCAUGCUGCAUCUGUCCUUUCAAGAAAUUAUUUUGAACACAAGUUUUUGUUUAUAAAGCAUUCGUACUGAGAGUUGUAUGUGCUAAAGAGAUGUUGAAUUUAAAUGUUUGGCACUUUGAUUAAAAGAGAGCGUUCCUAAAAAUUGUUCUUUGGGUGUCACUGAGUUUUUGCAUGUGUGUUUUUUUUGCAUAUUUUAUUUGAAUAUUAUUUGCAGUCAUGUGAUCCAAGGCUGUCCCCACAGCCAUGCUGCUUGCAU